GCCAAUAGGUCUGCCCCUACCACGCACGAGCGUCACCUCCGCGAGAGCGUGAGCUAGAGAGAGCUGCGCAUGCGUACAAGCUCGAGUGACACGAACCCCCGGGUCGUGUAUUUGUGCUGUCCGAGUCUCUGUCGUGCACGGGCACUUCUAGCUGCUCCUAGGUGGCGUGUGCGCGCGCGCGCGCGAGAGAGAGAGGUGGCGUUGGGCAAGCGGCAGCAGGACGAGAUCCUUACUGUGCUAUAUAGUACAGUUACUUCAGAGAGUGCCCUUAUGCUGCCUACACAACGUCUUGGUAAAGAAUUGUUUUCCUCUCAUCCAGCCUUUCUUCAUUCCUUCCUGACAUCUAAAAAUUAUAGAGGUUUAUCAAGUUCUGAUGCAAAAUUGUCAAAAAAUGGCAUCCAAGAAGGAACUGACAAGUGAUCAGCGGUUUAGCCAUGUUACAAAGGACCCUAGGUUUUGGGAAAUGCCAGAAAAAGACCACAAAAUCAAGAUUGACAAAAGAUUUCGGGCUAUGUUUCAUGACAAGAAGUUUAAGUUGAAAUAUACUAUUGAUAAAAGAGGCCGCCCUAUUAACCAUAGCUCUACAGAGGAUCUGAAACGGUUUUAUGAUCUUUCAGAUUCAGACUCCGAUCUUUCAGGAGUUGACACCAAAGUAUUUGCUGGAAAGAAAAUGAAGAAAAAAAAGUUAAAAUUGAGAGGAGGAGUAGACUCUGGGAAACUGCUUGACAAACCUACUGAAGGGGAAAGCAAAAUAGUUUAUCAGGAAAUGGGCCACAAAUGUGGAGCUCCAUUGAAGUCUGAUGACUCCCAGAAUGGACAGAAAAGCAUCAUGAGGAUUGCCAGCUCAUGUAGCUCAAAGUUGAAAAAGGAGUGUAAGAAAAUUAAUGUAGAAAUUGAUCCUACACAGGAUGAUAAAGGACUUGUAUGGAAAGGGAAAAACAAACAAAUUGUGAUGAGCUCAGAUUCAUCUCUAAGCAAACAAGAGACUUCAAAAGCAAGUAGUACUAAAUCAGUCAAGGCUCCCAAAACAAAGUUUUCUUUAGAGGAAAAGAAAACUGAAUCAGUGAAUAAAGCUGCUAUUGCAUAUGAACAAAGCAACAUCAACAAAAGCCAGUUAGAUGAAAUUUCUAAAAACGAAGACUGCUUUGAUUGUGCCAUAUCCAAAGAUGAUGGAGAAACAGGAGGGGAAGAGGAGUCGGAAGAUGAUGGAGAAACAGGAGGGGAAGAGGAGUCGGAAGAUGAUGGAGAAACAGGAGGGGAAGAUAGUGAUGGUGAUUCAGAAGAAGAUGAAAGUGACAGUGGGCCUGAUCUGGCUAGGGGGAAAGGAAAUAUUGAAACCAGUUCUGAAGAUGAAGAGGAAGAUGAUAUGUCUGAAAUAUUUCCAAAGGAACCAGAGAUCGAGCAUGCCUGGAGAGAACUGCAUACGGAUGCUCCUCGUGCAGAUGAGAUAACAAGUAGAUUGGCAGUUUGCAACAUGGACUGGGAUAGGCUGAAGGCUAAAGACCUACUGGCUCUGUUUAAUUCUUUCAUACCUAAAGGGGGUGUUAUAUUUUCUGUAAAGAUUUAUCCUUCAGAGUUUGGAAAGCAGAGAUUGAAAGAGGAGGAGCUGCAAGGACCUGUAGAACUAUUAAGUCUUCCAGAGGAUGCCACAGAGAAAGACUGUAUUUAUACGGAAAAACUGAGGGAUUAUCAGUUCAAACGACUGAAAUACUUCUAUGCAGUGGUAGAAUGUGAUUCUCCUGAAACAGCCAAUAAAAUUUAUGAGGAGUGUGAUGGACUGGAAUUUGAAAGUAGCUGUUCUUUUGUAGAUCUCAGAUUUAUUCCAGAUGAUGUUACAUUUGAUGAUGAGCCAAAGGACAUAGCCUCUGAAGUGGAUGGAGCUGCAUAUAAACCAAAGUACUUCACAUCUGCUGCUAUGGGAACAUCAAAGGUAGAUAUCACAUGGGAUGAGACAGAUCAUGAAAGAGUAACUUCGCUACACAGAAAUUUUAAAAAAGAUGAACUUCUUGACAUGGAUUUUCAAGCUUAUUUGGCCUCAUCUAGUGAAGAAGAGGAAGAGCAACAAGGUGGUGAUGUAGCCCAUGAAACAGAAGAUGACAAACCCAAGAAAAGCCAGAAGGAUGAUGAAGAGCAAAUUGCCAGAUACAGAGAACUCUUGCAGAGUAUCCAAGAAAAAGAGAAGAAACGGGAAGAAAAUGAUAUGGAAAUGGAGAUUAAAUGGGUUCCAGGACUGAAAGAAACUGCUGAAGAGAUGGUCAAAAGCAAGUUGGACGGAAAGGAUAAACUAACUCCUUGGGAACAAUUUUUAGAAAACAAGAAAGAGAAAAGAAAACUGAAGAAGAAAAGAAAGGCUACUGCCAAAGAAGAACUGAAUGAAGAUGAAUUUCCAUCUGAUGUUGACUUGAAUGACCCAUACUUUGCUGAGGAACUUGGCAAAACAGGUUUAAAGAAAAUAUCAAAGAAAUUCAAGACAGAAGAAAGUACCCCAGAAAAAGAAGAAGAAAAGCACAAGGCUGAAAUGGCACUGCUUAUGAUGGACGAUGAGGAGGAUGACAGAAAACAUUUUAACUAUGAGAAGAUUGUAGAACAACAGAACCUGAGCAAGAAGAAAAAGAAACAACUAAUGAAAAAGGAGGAGUUGUUAGAAGAUGACUUUCAGGUGAAUGUUGCUGAUACAAGGUUUCAAGCACUGUAUACUUCCCACUUGUUUAAUUUGGAUCCUUCUGAUUCAAACUUCAAAAGGACAAAAGCAGUGGAAAAAAUUUUGGAGGAGAAAGCUCGCCGAAGAGAACAAAAGCAGCAGAAUCUUGCAAAGGAGAUACAGGAGAAUGAGAUUGGAAAGAAGGGAAACAUCACUAAGAAAGCUGUAGAUCCUGCUUUAUCAAUGCUAAUAAAAUCUGUCAAAAAUAAAACAGAACAAUUUCAAGCCAGAAAGAAACCAAAAAUAAAAUAAAGUCCAGUUGUUUGGCUUUCCUCAGUCCAGUCUGUAUUCCUUGAAAAAUGGCAAAAUUCAUAAGAGCUUUCUGGAUGUUGAAUCCCAUAAACUAAGGGUUUCUAAAGAAUCAGUGCCAGUGUUGGGGUUUGGGGAUGAACUGUAGACAACCGAUUACAAUACCAUCUUUCCCCCUCCCACAAAUACCUCCUUGGAAUAAUAUAUUUGUAAAAUAGUUCACAAACAACAGCAUAUGUAACAAAAUUAAUUUACCUAAAGCUGUUUAUUUCAUAACACCAUUUCAGUUAAAACUAAUAGAAAUGUUAAAGAUGGCUACAAAGAACUUCCUUAGUUGUAGUAAUGGACACAUGUAUAAAUGAGUGUGUGUGACUUCAAGUCCUGAUAUGAUUUUUAGAUUUAAAAAAAAUCUUUGGAAUUUCAUAAUGGUGCUUUUACUACUCCAUGAGUCUGUAAAUACAAUGUUACUGGUAAAGAUAAUUUUAAUAAACUGAAAGUGAAGAUGG